AAUCAAAACAAAAAACGUGCCUUGUAUCAAGAAUACGAAGCAGGGUUGUUUGACCAGGUGACCUUCCAGAAACCUAUCCUGUUUCCUAUCAGGGUAUAAGAAGGCUGAAGUCACGAAAGUUCAAGACUUGUCCCCAGCAGUGAUACACGCCAGUAUGAUGAAUCUCCUGAUUGUUACUUUGGUAGCAAUGACUGCGGUCAUUGCCAACGACCACCACGACUACAAAGACCCUUCUAAAUUCGCCGGCUGGCUGAAGGAUGUGCAGAAGAGCCACGAGUUCGCUCACAUGACGCCAGAAAAUCAGCUUCUCUACAGUCAACUCAUCCAGGCUGCCGAACAGGGAAGUGCCGCCCUCACAACCUUCAUCAAUAGCCAGACCUUCGACAAGAUUAUUGGCCUCAUUGAUCAUCUGGACAAGGACGACAUUCCCCACUUUGAAGGUUACCUAGCCGCUCACCUGCAGGGCACAACAACAACCGCACCUGUCAAGCGACAGAGUGGCUCAGACCUGUUCAGCUUCCUUAGGGAUCUUCACCUUAUGCACAAGGUGGAGGAACAUCUCUCCCAUUCAGAUAUGCGGGUCUUCCUGGAGAUCAUGUACGCCGCUGAACACGACACGCUCACCCAAUACAUUGACAAUAAGGGCUACGGCCCCGUCCUGGACCUCAUGUCACAAAUUGAUAAAGAUCAAACUCGCAACUUUGAUAAGCUGCUCAUGAGGCAUCUGGAACAUGAGGCUGCGAUGUCACAAAUGAAAACUACUGUCGGCGCCAUCGUUGUCAGCACACCUGCUCCAGUUAUGGACAGCACGGUUGCUCCAAUGGUCAGCACACCUGCUCCAGUUAUGGCCAGCACGGCUGCCCCAAUGGCCAGCACUGCUGCUCCAGUUGUGGUUUGAACAGUCCCGCUGAUGGAAAGAUCUCCUGCAUCCUACAUACUACUGAUAUACCAUUGGCAGUUGUGAAUAAAAUGUGUAUAAAGAUU